GCGUUAGAAACGUUGAAAACCAAAAAUACCGUCGCAGCUUCAAAAGUACUUCAAAACAAUGCUGCUCAAACGUCCGUGAUUGCUAAUACUUCUACAAUUUCCACCAUACCCAAGGAGAAGACGUCCAAAGUUGAGACGUCGAGAAGCUCACCGUCGCAUACUUCCCACAUUAACUUUUCCAGAGGAUCGUUCAUAAACACCAUUGAUGACGACCUAAAUCUACUGAAAGAUACUACAGUGGACAAAGAUAAGUCUAGUGUACUUUCGACGGGGCUGGAGAUUUCAAAUUUGAAUUCUCUCAAUCAAUCUCUGUCUGUGAAAAGCGAGGAUCACUUCUCGAAUUUCGAGAAUUUGCAGACUGUUAACUUCGCUGGACUCUCGCUGAAUAUGUUCGAACAACUUAUCAAAGACGAAGACGUCCGCUUAGAAAACCUGAAAACCAUUUUAAAAAUCCGCGAGCAGGCAUUGUUGGACAGAACCAAAGGCGAGCUGGCCUGGUUAGAAAUACAAAGGAAGCAUUUUAAAGAAACGGGCAAGUUACACGAAGCGUCGGUGGUAAAGAAGAAGCAGAGAGGCAUUUUGGUCAAUCAUCAAAAGGAAAAACAUGAAAUGCAGAGGCUUAAGCAAAUGCAAAGGGCUGCAUCGAUAGAAAGGAAAAUCGUUCUUAAAGAACAGAGGAAUCUAAUCCGACAACAACUUUCUACAGACAAUAUGAUGUCCAAGAUGAAAGUGCAUAGUUCGAGGGAAAGGAGAUUAUCCGGACCUUUAAAGGUUCUUCAGAGUCACACAGAGUUCAUAAGGUCCGAAACGUCGGUUACGAAGAGAAGCUCUAGCGAUAAGGAAAAGCAUAGCGAUGUCUUCAGCAUUACGUCACAUCAGUCGAUGACUCAUUCAGUAGUCUCAGAAAUAUCAGAAGUCGAAGUGUCUUCCAAGGAUUUACCAUCGAGGGAGCAACAGAAACACAUUAAAAGGACGCUUUUGAUGCGAGAAGAAGCGCUUAAAAAGCGUAGGAAAGCCGCGGAAGAGCUGCUGCAAUGGCACAAAAAGCUGUUGGAAGAAGAAAAGAGGAUAGCGGUCCUAGAAUCAACUGCGAGUGCUAUUAUUUCGCAAAAACCUAGUAGCUCCAAAUCUCAGGAGAAAUUCAACUUCAAGGGCAAACAACUCAAUCAAUUAUGGCUCAACUUGACGGGCAUAGAAGAAAAGAAAUUCACCGAUGACAAAAUCUACCCGAUGUCGCAGUUAGAUCUGGAGCAUUUCUGCAAAAGUGCCCGCGGGUAUUCCAUCAGAACGAAAUCUUUGUUUAAAAAGACUAGCGAUAACUUAAGUGAGAGUGAAAACAUUCCAACGCAACCAACUACCGAAAAAGACUAUUUGUCCGAUUUUGAAAAGGAAUCUGUGCCACUUACAGAAGUCGAUGGCGUCGACCAAAGCAUCGAUAUACUGAUUAACAAUUUCAACCAGAUCCAAGACGAUAUUUCGACUCUUAAUAUUAUACACAGCAGGAAAUCCGACGAAAGCCUCGCAGAAGACAUUGUCAGCGACAAAUUUGACAGAACUGAUUCAGAAGCAGGAAUAUCCGUCAUAGAAACGAACAGAACCAGGUCUAUGACUGCACCUAAGAAAUUAAUAACUACUUCAGUUGAAGCAGUCGAAGAAAAUGUUCCUAGUUUGGAAAAAUCCAGAGAAAGCACUUCAGAAAAAAUUACGUCGUUAGAAAAGGAUACGGAGAUGAUUCCUUCAUUAGAAGAAAUAAACUUAGAUGAAAAGAACAGCAGCAGUAUCUUGGAAGAGUCCUCAAAGUUAAAACCUUCGUCCAUUUUAUCGGAGCAAUUAAAAACUCAUAUAUCUAAACAUUCAGCUAAUAAAAACGAAGAAGUAAUAACGCAAUCGGAUAUUUCAAAGCUAUCUACAGCUCCAGAUUUAUCCAAACAUGUAACUAGAUCAGUAGAACUGAAGACCUUAGCAAACAAAGAAACUGUUGAACAACAAAUUACAGAAAAUAUCGCAGAAAACAUUUCUGUAGUUACCGAAGAUGCAGACGUUACUGGUGUGGACGUUCCACAUGCAGCAGAUUCCAAAGAAACUCUAAACCAAUCUCAGCAGAUCCUUGAGUUGCUCGGAGAACCGGAAGUGAAGACAAUUCCCGAAGAUUGCUCGGCAAACGCUCAAUUGAAGGACAGUCUGAACGAAUCGGAAGAAAUAUUGUCAAAAUUGAGCCAAAUUAUCAACGAACUAGAAGAUACGGACGAUCAAGUGAUCAAAAGUGUCGAAAUUUCUGAGGAUAGUUCACAAAAAUCUAAAAGUGAUGACCGAGAGAUUUCUAUAAGAGCAGUUGAAGACUUUAUGCCAGGAAAUGAAGAAAUUAUAUCACAUUCUUCGGAAGUUAAGUCCGUAAUAGACCAAGAUCAGUCGAAAUCACAACUAAGUACUUCCAAAUCUGAAGAAAAUAUUAAAUAUCAAUUGCCAACCUCUGAGACAGAAGAAAAUGAAGAAAAUACAAGUUCUGUUAAAAGCAAUGACUUCAAACAUGAAGAAGAUAGUGUUGCAUCAAAAGUGUCAAAAUUAUCUGACGUUAUUAUAUCAAACACUCAAGAAGAUAAUAUAUCACGAUUAUCAGGUUCUGUAGAAGAUGUUAUAUUUGCGACAGAAGAAAAUGAAGAAAUCACAGGUUCCAAAGUUGAAGAGAGCAGCAUUGAAUCGAAAGAAAAUAGAUCUUCUGAAGUUAUUGCAUCAAAAACUGCAGAAUAUAACUCUGAAGUACGUUCAUCGAUAUCUUCAGCACCUUUUAGAUCCAAAUCUGAAGAUAAAUCUGAUACGAAGUUGAAAGCAACUGUAGAAUUCAAAAAGCCCAGCAUCGAGGAAUAUAUCUCCAAAACAAAAUCAACAAUAUCUUCAGAACAAUCUAGAGCAUCUUCAGACUUAAACUCCCAAAACGAAGACGAUACAAAACUGACAGGAUCUCCCAUACAGUCAAACAGCAGCUUCUCCCAGUCUAUAGAAGAUGGCUUGAGUCAGUCUUUAAAAAAAUUGAUUGAGAUCAGCAAAUCAGAUAUACCAUCGGUAAAAGACAGCGGCAGUUUAUCCAAAGUAUCUGAAAGUGAUGUGCUCCAGGAUAUAUCGGCGCUCGAAGACUUCAUUAAGAGUGAGUUGGAACAUACUGAAAGCGAAAGCUGUGCUAAAGUGGAAGCGAGCGAUUUGGAACGUGUUAAAAGCGAUCAGAGUGAAUUGGAACGUGCUAAAGUCCAAGACGACGAAUUGAAACGUGCUGAAAGUGGUGUGAGUGAAUUGGAACUUUCUGAAGCGCAAACGAGCGAAAUAGAACUUGAUGAAAAUAAAGUAAACCUAUUGGAACGAAACGAAAGGUUGGUGAGCGAGUUAGAACGCGCUGGAAGCAAAACGAGGGGGAUGGAACACAUUGAAGACGAAAUGAGCGAUUUUGAAAUUGCUGAAACCGAAGUGAUCAAUCUGGAACGGGCUAAAACCGAAGUGAGCGGUUUGGAACGUGCUAAAGCUGAAGUGAGCGAUUUAGAACGUACUAAAACUGAAGUGAGCGAUUUAGAACGUACUAAAACUGAAGUGAGCGAUUUGGAAGCUGCUGAAAUCGAACUGAGCGAUUUGGACCAUGCUAAGACCGAAAUGAGUGGUUUGGAAUGUGCUGAGACGGAAGUGAACGAUUUGGAACGUGCUAAAAACGUUUCUAUUGAGGAAGUUCUGAAGGUUAACAAAGAUUCUAGCUUCAUAGAAACUGACGACGUUUUCUUAAACGUAAAUGUUGUACAAACUUUUGAAAAUGUAGUCGAUGAAGUAGAAGAUAAUUACAAAGCACUAGAUGAUGCUAUAGGAGAUGAAAGUGAUGAUAGCAAAGUAGCACUUUCUGACAAAUCUAACGAAUCAUUUAUAGUUAACGAUAUUAGCGAUGAACUAUCUCAAAACCAGGAAGAUCCUAUCGAAGAAUCUGAAAAAUUAUCAAAAGAGUUAGAAGCAAAAGAAGUUACUGAAAAAAGUGAUAAAGACUGUUCAAUUACUGAAGAUUUCGAAGAUGAAACUACCUCGAAGAGUUCCCACGUAAUUUCAAAUCUUAGCUAUGGUCUGAUAGGAAAAGCUCAGUCAGAUUCGGAUUCUUCUGUUGCUACUAGCAAGGAAGAAGUUUGCUACGAAGAAAAAGAACAUGAUUCUUUAUCGUCUAUAACUGGAGGAUCUUCUAGUGACGUAUCGGAACUUGUAGUGUUGUCAAAAGAUCAAAAAACGAUGAAGAAUAAAAAGAACAUUGAAGACUUACGUGUUAAAUCGAAGAGUCAAAGUGAUUCCGAGAAUUCGUCGCCUAAAAUGAAUGUGAAGAAACGGGUUUCUGAGAUUUUAGCCGAUGCCAGCUUGUCUAGGGGAGACAAAAGCCCAAGAUUACAAGAUUUGUAUGUGACCACAUAUGAUCUGAUCAGUCCUGCUAAUUCUCCAGAAAGAGCCCCAUCUAGUCCAGUAGAAGAGAACAAAUUGGUAUCUAGCAUAUUUGUCAGCGAAGCUGAAGAAAUCUUACGAAAACAGUUGGCAGUGGAGGAAGAGAUGAAGGCUAUAACGGAGCAACUACAGAAGGAGCAAAUGCCUGUGAUGUACAUCAGGGAAAUCCCCAACAAACCCCCACCUCCGUACACACCACCCACGUCUUUAACACAACCCUCUGUACCGACGAUUAUUCCUACUGCGGAGGAAAUCGAAGAAAUUACAAUGUAUUCGGCGAAAAUCCUGCACAAGGCGUAUUUGUCGAAUAAUUUGGUUAAUGUUAACAUCUCUAAUAACACGUUAAGUCUGAUUUCCAAGAAUAUAUCGAAGGAUUGCUACAAAUUCGUGUUUGAUUUGUGUAAAGACAUCGCAAGAAAGCAUUACAGCCAAUUCGAAGAAGAUCAUUCGCCGUCUUGGUUGCGCGUUCCCAAGAAAGCAGACUUUUCGCCUGUCAAACCAUUCGAUACAGAAAGCCUAAAACUUCACAUGAUACAACAGCUCAAGGAGAUUUUCGGCUACCAGAAACCACCGAAAACGGAAAGCGUCAACAUCAAAUGGAACCGGAAGAAGAGCGACCACGUCUACGAUAUUUUGGUAUUGGAGUGUCAGCAAGAAGAAGCCCAAUUUACGAACUACCAAAAGGACGAGUUGUUGGUGAAAGAUCAAAUAACGAACGAAAUAUUUGACAGUUUAUUAAAAGAUACCGCUAGUGUUUUAGCUAGGUUAUUGUUAAAGGGGAAUUAAGUGGCGAGAUUAACGGAAAUAGUGCGAAAAUGGCAAUGUUGUACGCCUAGCGGAGUAGUCCGAGAGCUAUGAUAUUUUCCCCACACUAUGAAGUAUCUUUGACUGAUAAUAAUAUAUUAUAAAUGAUCCAGUUUUAUGGAAACAUAUAUUUUGUCUAAAAAACUUUUAUGAAUCGUUAAAAGCGUCUUCUGAAUUGCCUUAUCUGCUAACAGUUCUCAAUUCUUUUAAGUUUUACAUUUUUAAUACUUAAUUAGUCAAGAUCAUAUUUUUCUAUUGGAUCAACCAUAUCAACCGCAUCAACCAUAGUAAGUUAUUAGCUCUGGUACAAUAUAGACUAUAAUAUAUUAUAAUUAUUAAUAUAAAAUAUAAACUAUAAAGUUUUUACAAAGUUGAUUAUAAUUUAGAAUUUUUCUUGAAGCAUCACUUAUAUUUGAUUAUACAAUUUCCUUUUCUUUAAAAACCUAAUGAUUUUGUUAAAAUCCGCGCUGUCUAAAGCGCACUUUAUAUCACUUGGUAGUCCAGUAGCUUGUCUUUCCAUUUGAUAUAAUGGACAGUCUAUAACAAUGGGGCCUACAGUUAUAUUGGUAUCACAGGAGUAGCAUAUUCUAGGAGGUUCCUUCCUUAGUAGGUGUUCGUGCGUUAGUCUGGUAUGUCCUAUUCGGAUACGAUUUAGUAUAACCUGGUCCCUUCGCUUUACUAAAAUUGGUAUUUUCGCUGAUAGAUCUGGGUUUGCUUGCCGCAAUUUAUUAUUUGGU